UGGCGGCGGGCGCGAGGCGCGGCGCAUGCGUGGUGCGGCCGCUUGUUUACUCCGACACGCGACACUCGGCGACAGGACGCGGGCCGCGCGCGACACUCCGCUACACGUUGGAAUAUUCAAUCCCUGUUUGUACGUAACAGUGCGUGUGUCAGUGCCUGCAGGAAACUAAGUUGCCUGUGCUGUGACACGGUAGAAGGCGACUCAUUUAUGGUGCUGUCUCCUGUACCGGCUGAAACUUUGUGUGCAGGGUGCUGCGCGAGCGAUGGUAUGGUGUCGCACCGGCGCGCGCGACGCCCGUGGCUGUGGCUGGCCGUCGCCGCGGUAGCGCUGGUGCCGCUGCUGGCCACCGCCAUCGCCGCCGACGUCAUCUUCAGGGUGCCUGAAGUACUGGUGCGGCACGCGGCGGCGUCGAAGCCGGUGGGCACGGGGCGCGGCAACGGGUCCCGCGGGAACGAGUCGGAGCGCUGGGCGGGCGGCGACACGCUGCUGGAGGUGCGCUACGAGGAGUACUUCGUGGAGCACGACGUGUCCACGGCCGCCGCGCGCCACGCCGCCGCCGCCCUCAACGUGGAAGACAUCCCCCCGACGCGGCCGGGCUGCGGCACGUGCAGCGAGCGCGAGUACGCGUACUGCGAGACGCGCGUGCUGGCCGACCACUGCUGCUGCGAGCGCCGCUUCGUGCGCGAGCCCUUCCCCUGGCUGCCGCACACGUGCUACGUGGGCGCGCGCCGCUGCCGCCCGCUGGCGCACGACUGCGCGCAGUACGCGCGUCUGCGGGACUGCUGCUGCCAUCGCAAGCUGGCCGAGCGAUGGAAGAGCAUCCUGUCGGAGUCGAGCCGCGCGGGCGUGAGCGGGCUGUGCCUGCUGGCGGUGUCGGCGCUGGUGGUGGCGGCGCGGCUGUGACGCCCGCUGGCGCCGCGCCCCGACCCCGCCGCGCCCGCCCUGGUCUGACCGCUGGGGACACGGACCCGCCUAUAAAUGUGUAAAUGCAUUAACAUUUCGUUAGGCCCUAUCUUUAAUGUAGUGUCUACCUAUAUGUAAGUACUAAAUGUAAAAUACAAAGUAUUUAUUUAAUGUGGAAAGUCUAAAUAGUGCUGUACCUGUUUCAAUAUGCUGCAUUCUUACACAGCAGUUAUACAUCGAGACCUAACAUUGACUUACUUACUACAUAAUGUAAUAUUGUUAUGAAACCACCCAUUAACUAAAAGUGCCGAAACCAACCCCUUACUUAUACUGUUGGCUGGUGGAAACCAAAUGAAAAUGUCACAUAGCUUAGGGGUUCCCUAAAUGUAAAGGUUGAUUAACACGUACAUUAGGGUGCCUAGUAGUGUUAAUGUUAUUGCCCCGACUGUGUAAGCAUUAUGUAUGUAGCACAUAACUAGACAAGUACAAGCAGUAUUGGUCAGCGCCGCAAGUACCACAUGUAGGAACAUGUACAUGGGCCACGCACACCACGUGGGCGCUACCACUGUGGAGCUGACUGCGUUAGUCCAUAGCAGUGAGAAUGUGGAUCCAUCGCACUUCUUGCGCCCCCUCGAUACUUGCAAGUUACAAUGUAGAUCGACGUUAUUUAUACUAUGUAUAAAGAGAAUGUACGACACACUCACACACAACACAGGUACAUAGUGUGUGUCAGUGUGUGAACGAACAGAGCUUCUUAUGUUUGGUUAGAUCAAAUGUUGUACAGUUCAGUAUAUUACUUAGUUACUCGUAGGUGUAAUGUUACAAAAAUAUUAAAUAUUUUUCACGUAACAGAAAUCUCACAUGUAAAUAGUUGGAUUACGUGUUAUGUAGUAUCUCAGUGUAUUUAUGUAUACAGUAGAAUAUGUACCGCCUGCGUAGCAGUCAGCCUCGCUAGACGGAUGGCUCGAUAUAUACUAGCAAUAGAUCAACUUGUGUCCGUCAGUCCAUCACAUCCAUUGGACGUUUCUAUUCCAUUCGACCGGUGUUUGGGUCUACUCGUCCAUUCGUCUAGCGACAAUGAAUGCAUCUGCAAUAUCACAGUGUGAUGCUGUUGCGACUAGUUAAGUAAAUUAAUUGUAAUGAUUCAAUGUAUGUCCUGUGUUUAUAAAGUUUUGAGAAAACAACGUUAGCUGUAACCAUGGCCUAUCGAUUCAAAAUCGUGCUGUGGUCGGUGACGCGUGCUUGUCGGAUGUUACAUUAAAUGUAAGUAGUACGACUACAGCAGGCAGGCAGCACACACGGCAACACGAGUGACUACUUGUGUCUGUGCAAUGUGGUACAGCUAUGGAAACGAUAGUGGUGGCAAUACAUGUAUGUCCCCGUUAAUGAUUGUCAUAAACCGUCAACUUGGUUCAGUAAGGGUGCUACCUAUAGUCAGCUCUACUGACGUGAAGCCUCGUGUGACACGCGGAGUGCGCAUGCGCAGGCUGUAGGCUAGUUGUUGUUGUAUUCAAUGUUUAUUAUUUAUUUUCGCAUUAAUUUUGUUAAUGGAAGCCUACAUUUUAUGUGAGCUAGUGAGCGAUUGACGAUAUCUAAUAUAAUUAUUGUUUUAAUUUCUGUGUUACACAGUAUCAGUGCGUGGUGUGUCACUCGUUACACUGUCAGGUGACGCGUGUGAUGACAUUCGCGUCAGAGUAGUGUGAUAUACCCACAUAUAUGUAUAGUUAGCGUACAGUUGUAUGUAUACGGACAAAUAUACAAUGGCAACAUGUAGAUGUACAUAAUUUACUGAUUCUUUCGCAAUGUAUUAUAUUUAUUGGCAAUGAGUGACUACAUGUGACAUGUAGGUACCUACAUUGUAUAGAUCAUGUAAAAUAAAUGAUUAUAACUGAUGCGAAUGAAAUAAAAGUUACCAAAGUA